AUGGAGACCCCAGGGGUCCAAGAAGGGGCGGAGGCAUCCAGCGAGCUGAGUUGCGCUCGCAGCCGCCAAGGCAUAACCAGACCCCCGAAGCACUUGUGGCAUCAGCCCCGGCGCCCCAUCCGCAUCCAGCAGCGCUUCUACUCGGACCCGGACAAGUCCGCGGGCCGCAGUGAGCGGGACCGGAGCCCGUGGCCGGGGCUCGAGGAGUCGCGGCGCUCCUGGCCCACUUCCUACAGGCGCUUUGACCUGGAAAAUGGAUUCUCAUGUGGGAGAAGCACCCUGGACCCUCAGGCUGGGCCUGGCCUUGGUCAGGUCAGCCAGGCCCCUGCUCAGCACAGCCAGAGGCGAGAGUCCUUCCUGUACCGCUCCGACAGUGACUACGAACUCUCCCCCAAGGCCAUGUCCCGGAACUCCUCUGUGGCUAGCGAUCUACACGGAGAAGACAUGAUUGUGACGCCCUUUGCCCAGGUCCUAGCCAGUCUGAGGACAGUUCGGAGCAACGUCGCAGCCCUUGCCCACCUGCAACGACGCGGGGCAGGGCGCAGGGUCCCCCAAGGGGGUUGAGGCAGCCCCUGACCAGCUUGGCCCCCAGAGGACACUGGGCAGAAGCUGGCUUUGGAGACACUGGACGAGCUGGACUGGUGUCUGGAUCAGCUGGAGACACUGCAGACACGGCACUCAGUGGGGGAAAUGGCCUCCAACAAGUUCAAGCGGAUGCUGAACCGGGAGUUAACUCACCUGUCCGAAACCAGCCGCUCUGGGAACCAGGUGUCCGAGUACAUCUCGCAAACAUUCCUGGACCAGCAGACUGAGAUGGAGUUGCCCAGGGUGACCCCCAUGGAGACCCCAAGGCCCAUGUCCCAGAUCAGCAGCCUGCGUGGGGUCCCCCACAGUGCCAGCCUCUCUGCAGCCACCGUCCCACGCUUUGGGGUCCAGACUGACCAGGAGGGGGAGCUGGCCAAGGAACUGGAAGACACCAACAAGUGGGGGCUUGAUGUGUUCAAGGUGGCAGAACUAAGUGGGAACCGGCCCCUCACAACCAUCAUAUUCAGCAUCUUUCAGGAACGGGACCUGCUCAAGACAUUUCAGAUCCCAGCGGACACACUUGUCACCUACCUUCUGACGCUGGAGAGUCACUAUCAUGCCGAUGUGGCCUACCACAACAGCCUACACGCCGCUGAUGUGGCUCAGUCCACGCAUGUGCUGCUGGCCACACCUGCCCUCGAGGCCGUUUUCACAGACCUGGAAAUCCUGGCUGCCAUCUUUGCAAGCGCCAUCCAUGAUGUGGACCAUCCUGGGGUCUCCAACCAGUUUCUCAUUAACACCAACUCAGAGCUUGCACUUAUGUACAAUGAUGCCUCUGUGCUGGAGAACCACCACCUGGCUGUGGGCUUCAAGUUGCUGCAGGCAGAGAACUGCGACAUCUUCCAGAACCUCAGCACCAAGCAGAGGCUGAGUCUGCGCAGGAUGGUCAUCGACAUGGUCCUGGCCACAGACAUGUCCAAACACAUGAACCUUCUGGCUGACCUCAAGACGAUGGUGGAGACCAAAAAGGUGACAAGCCUUGGAGUCCUGCUGUUGGACAACUACUCCGACCGCAUCCAGGUCUUGCAGAACCUGGUGCACUGUGCGGACCUCAGCAACCCUACCAAGCCACUGGAGCUGUACCGCCGGUGGACGGACCGCAUCAUGGCCGAGUUCUUCCAGCAGGGCGACCGGGAGCGGGAAUCAGGCCUGGAUAUCAGCCCCAUGUGCGAUAAGCACACCGCCUCAGUGGAGAAGUCCCAGGUGGGUUUCAUUGACUACAUUGUGCACCCGCUGUGGGAGACGUGGGCUGAUCUGGUGCACCCAGACGCACAGGACCUGCUGGACACGCUGGAGGACAACCGUGAGUGGUACCAGAGCAAGAUCCCCCGCAGUCCUGUGGAUCUCACCAGCCCCGAGCAGGGGGGCCCUGACCGAUUCCACUUUGAGCUGACUCUGGAGGAGGCGGAAGAAGAGGAGGAGGAGGAAGGAGCUUUGGACACAGAGGUCUCAGAGUCACCUGACACUGAGCUUCUGGCCCCUGAAGCCAGCCCUGACCCUGAGGCCCUACUCCUGGACAACCAGAGGACUGGGGGCAAGCCCUGCGUGGACCACGAGGCCAAUGUGGUGGCUGAGCCCUUUGGUACCUAAUGGCUCCUGGCAGAUGGAUGGACCUUCCAGAAAGAGGUCCCAGGUGGCCCUUGCCUUGCCUCCCCCCCUCCACCCCCCUCCCCAUUGAGGGAGACAACCAAGCUUCUAGUUAUAGGCAGACCUUGGGGCCAAAUUGGAGGCACUUGGCUGGGGUCCAGUCUGACCGCGGGCUUUGCCGAGAGAGCUCUCUGAGGGGCUGGGCUGGGAGCAACCUCUUCCAGCGCCCUUGGGAUCUCCCUCCUGGGCUUCCACCCCCGGUGUGGAAAGAGGGUGUCUGCCAGGCCCCUUGUCCACCUUCUGCAGUGGUCAUUCUGGAGGCACAUCCAUCAUUUUAUCUUUCCACUCUUGAUCACGUAUUUAUUGGGCACCUACUGUAUGCCAGGCUUGCACCUGCUGUGUGCUUCUAGGGUAGCCCCGCACAAGGGGGUGGCAAAUCAGUCCCAGGAGACCUACCCCCCUCAGGUGCCUCCCCUUCAUCUGCCACGCAGCUCCAUGCAAGAGAAUGGAAACUUGAAUGGGAGAAUUUUUAGCACCAAAGCUUUGUCCAGACCCGAGUCUGGCUCAGGAGCUCCGGUGGGGAGCAGUAAGGGGCAGGAAAGACAGGGUUCUGUGUCGGGAACUGUCUCUGAAGACUGACUGAGCUUGUGGCUGCCUGUGCACCAGUUCCGGCUUUAAGUCACUGUAGUUUCUGUCUUGGGGUCUCUGGGUUCUGUUCUCCCUAGCCCCAGGACUCCCUGCUGGGUCCUCCCCCCACUUUCUCCCUCUUAUAGAACAGCAACAAAGCACAGCGUUCUUCCCCCUCCCCCGAUGGCAGGUGUCUGUUUCUGAGGCUGCCUCCAGACUCCCGAUAGGGGGAAGGAUGCC